GUCAUGGCUGCUCAACCGACAUCGGCGGACGUUAGGUAAUCCUUCGGCAUAGUUUCGGAUUUGAGAAACACAAUGCCACGGGCGCUCUCGGCAGAGGCGAUCGAACCGAGCAUUGGCACAUAAGACUACGAAUGGAUGAUGAGUGAAGUCUCGCAAGCUGCUUGCCGAUGCUUGCCGAUGCUUACCGAUGCGUCGGUUUCGGCUCGGACAGGAAAGUUGAAGGCUUUCAAUCAAGCAGCAUUAAUAUUGGGAGUCGGGACUGUCCAGUUGGCAGGUGAUUGCGGGCUUUUUCUGCCGCGAUUCAACCCCAACUCCGCUCCGCUCCACUUCUCUCUCUUUCCCUCUUCUUCUCUGCAUGCAAUUGAUUCGCCUCUGCUUUCCCUUGGGCGCAAGAAUGAUCUGAAACCAAUCCAUCGGUCUCUUUGAAUCGAUCCACCUCCACCUCUCAUCUCUAUUUCUCUGAUACUUCCUCGACAACCAUCUCCAUGUCCCGCUCCGCCAUUGUGCAGGAAUACGCCCCUCCGACCUCCGCUCCCACGCUCUCCGUUGAUCGCAAAGUCACCCACGAACGCCAACAAAAUGGCGUCGCCCGCCCUCAAGGCUACCGCGUCUCGUGGCAUGCAAAUCCCGCGGUCGAACUGCAUCAUUUCGGACAAUCGCAUCCGAUGAAACCCUGGCGGCUCACGCUCACGAAACAGCUGGUGAUGGCCUAUGGCAUGCACCAUGCGAUGGACCUAUACCUGGCGCGCCGGGCCACAUACGAGGAGAUGGAGGAGUUCCACACGUCCGACUAUCUCGACUUUCUCCGCCAAGUGAACCCGGGAGAUAUGGAGAACUCGGAACAGAGCGAGAACAUUGCGCGCUUCAACUUUGGGGACGACUGCCCGAUCUUUGACGGCCUAUACAACUACUGCUCGCUCUACGCUGGCGGCACUAUCGACGCAGCCCGCAAACUGUGCAACAACCAGUCGGAGAUCGCGAUCAACUGGUCGGGUGGCCUCCAUCACGCCAAAAAGUCCGAAGCCAGCGGCUUCUGCUACGUGAACGACAUCGUCCUGGGGAUCCUGCAGCUCCUCCGCCUCCACCCGCGCGUCAUGUACAUCGACAUCGACGUGCACCACGGCGACGGCGUCGAGCAGGCCUUCUGGUCCACGGACCGGGUGCUGACCGUCUCCUUCCACAAAUACGACAAGGACAACUUCUUCCCCGGCACGGGCGCGCUUGACAGCAACGGGCCGACGCACCCGCUGAACCCGGGCGCCCACCACUCGGUCAACGUGCCCCUCCACGACGGGAUCGACGACGAGUCGUACAUCCAGCUCUUCCGCGACGUGAUCGGCUCGUGCGUGGACGUCUACCGGCCCGGCGCCAUCGUGCUGCAGUGCGGCGCCGACUCGCUGGGCUGCGACCGGCUGGGCUGCUUCAACCUCAACGUCUCGGCGCACGGCGCGUGCGUCGCCUUCGUCAAGACCUUCAACCUGCCGCUGCUGGUCGUCGGCGGCGGCGGCUACACGCCGCGCAACGUCUCCCGCGCCUGGGCCCACGAGACCUCGAUCCUGCUCGACGCCCAGGACGUCAUCGACCCCAACAUCCCCGAGACCGUCACCUUCCGCAACCACUUCGGCCCGGACUUCUCCCUGUUCCCCCCGCUCUCCGAGAUGCGCAAGCUCGAGAACAAGAACCCCCGCCCCUACCUGGCCGGCCUGCUGCAGUCCAUCCGCGAGCAGCUCCGCUACAUCGAGGGCGCCCCCAGCGUGCAGAUGAGCUUCAUCCCCCCGGACAUCCUGGGUCUGCGCGAGGACACGGAGAAGGAGAUCGAGGAGGAAACGGCGAUGAUGGAGGAGGAGCGCGAGGACCGCGCCGGCGGAGGCAGCCUGGGCAAGGCCAGUCGGCGGAGGGAGCUAGAACGCGCCGCCGGCCAACGGGGGGAGCUAUAUCAGUAGUACCUUCUAGGUGCGACCUUCCUCUAAGUCAGUGGGCU